AUGCCUGUAUCAAAUCGUUCAAUUAGUGUGUAUCGAUGCUGUGUUAUAUGCACUGUUGUUAUGAGUAUUACAAGUGCUUUUAACAUAAUAAUUAUUAUAAAACAAUAUCUUCCAUCGGAAAAUAAUGGCGAACUGACGAUAUUAAAAUCGUCCGUAGAUAAUCAAACAGCCGGUGUAUCAGAUAAUCAAACAAAUGCUUCAUCACAAAGAGAAUAUAAUUUAUUUGAAGAAACUUUUCAAAUAUUUUCACAAGCAUUUGCUAAUAAUGUUUUACCGGUAUUAAACGAACAAAAUGAAUCUUCAUCGUUCUGUCCAUCUAUACCGCCUAAUUUAAAAGGCCCGAUAAUCACUCGAGAACCACCAGAGAAUUUUACUCUGGAAAGCAUGUCGAUGUAUCAUACAGACGUUCAACUCGGCGGUUACUAUCAUCCAAAAGUAUGUUUAGCUCGUCAUAAGGUAGCUAUUAUUGUACCUUAUCGUGAUCGUUGGAGUAUUUUAAGAAAAUUUCUUUAUCAUAUGCAUGAAGUUCUACAGCGACAACAAUUGGAUUAUCGAAUAUACGUAUGUGAACAAGCAUUUGAUAAAAUCUUUAAUAAAGGUAUUGUUAUGAAUGGUUGUUUUAAAGAAAUUUUAAAUCUUGAACCAAAUACACCAUGUUUUAUAAUGCAUGAUGUUGAUCUAUUAUUAAUCGAUGAUCGAAAUAUGUAUACAUGCCCAAUAUAUCCACGUCAUUUAAGUGUUGCUAUUGAUAAAUUUGAUUUUUAUUUACCUUAUCCAGAACUUGUUGGUGGCGUCUUAGCAAUGCGUCGUGAACAUUAUUUACUUGUUAAUGGUUAUUCGACAAAUUAUUGGGGUUGGGGUGGCGAAGAUGAUGAUAUGUAUCAACGUAUUGUUAAAAAAAAAUUAGUUGUUGACCGACCACCAGCAUCUAUAGCACGCUAUAAAAUGUUAAAGCAUUCACAUCAACAAUUAAAUCCUGCUCGUAUGAAAGUUUUACGAACAGCACAAAAACGUAUUGAUUUAGACGGUGUUAAUAAUGUGAAAUAUAAAUUACUUAAUACAACUGUUUAUCAUCUUUAUACACAUUUUUUAAUUGAUGUUGGUGAACAACCAAAAUAA